ACCUCUCGGCUUGUUUUACUUAUUUAAACAUCCUCUUGCAGUGUUUUGUAUUUAAGUUAAAAGUUAAAUGUAGACAUAAUUGUUUGUAAAACGGGAUAGAUAAAAGUUCGGUGCAGCUAAUAUUUAAAAUAGUCCGACUUUAUUCUCUAAGUUUUUGCAUUUCGUCCUUGCUCAGCUGCACUUCAGUCAAAUUAGCCACCUAGCCACGGCAGUUAAAUUCCUCUUUCCUGGUCACAAGCGGCGCUGAAGCGUUGAGUUCGGCCGUGGUCCUCACUCAAUAUGUCCGCCUGCAAGGUCCACAUUAGCUCAGUAGGAAUGCGGUAGGCGGGGCUGCUAGGCUAGUGUCAAACUUUGGGAAUGACAGGAGUGCUGCAGGAUUCGCAAAGAAGGGGAAGUGCCGCCCUUGUUGGUCCUGUUUGGAUAACUUUGACUUGUUUUUACGCGCAGCCGUUGGAUUCACCACCUUUCUGCAGAUAGUUCGGCCCCAGUAGACUCCUCAGCCAUGUCGGAGGACCUGAGCUCCCAACCCUGGUCCAUCAACAAAGAUGAUUAUGAGCUACACGAGGUGAUUGGGAGUGGGGCCACAGCAGUGGUUCAAGCAGCCUACUGUAUACCUCGCAAGGAGAAGGUGGCCAUUAAACGGAUCAACCUUGAGAAGUGCCAGACGAGUAUGGAUGAACUCCUGAAAGAGAUUCAGGCCAUGAGCCAGUGCCACCACCCCAACAUCGUGUCUUACUACACCUCCUUCGUGGUAAAGGAUGAGCUGUGGCUGGUUAUGAAGCUGCUCAGUGGUGGCUCAGUGCUGGAUGUGAUCAAGCAUAUCAUCUCGCGAGGAGAACACAAGACUGGCGUCCUGGACGAGGCCAGCAUAGCCACUGUGUUGAAAGAUGUGCUCGAAGGCCUGGAGUACCUACACAAGAAUGGGCAGAUCCACAGAGAUCUUAAGGCUGGAAACAUUCUCCUCGGAGAUGAUGGUUCAGUGCAAAUUGCAGACUUCGGCGUCAGUGCCUUUCUAGCCACGGGAGGAGAUAUUACUCGAAAUAAAGUGCGCAAGACGUUUGUGGGAACACCAUGCUGGAUGGCCCCAGAGGUCAUGGAGCAGGUGAGGGGUUAUGAUUUCAAAGCAGAUAUUUGGAGUUUUGGAAUCACGGCCAUUGAGCUUGCCACGGGAGCUGCACCUUAUCACAAAUACCCACCAAUGAAGGUCUUGAUGCUGACGCUGCAGAAUGACCCACCAGCUCUGGAGACUGGCAUCACAGACAAGGAGAUGGUAAAGAAAUAUGGCAAAUCCUUCAGGAAGAUGAUCUCACUGUGUCUACAGAAGGACCCGGAGAAAAGGCCAACGUCCUCAGAACUGUUGAAGCAUAAAUUCUUUCAGAAAGCAAAGACCCAUGAGUAUUUACACGAGAAGUUACUUCAGAGGGCGCCCACAAUAACAGAGAGGUCGAAAAAGGUACGUCGAGUGCCAGGUUCCAGUGGCCGGCUGCAUAAAACAGAGGAUGGUGAGUGGGAAUGGAGUGACGACGAGCUGGAUGAAGAAAGUGAAGAAGGCAAAGCAGCUGUUGCAGCCUUAAGGGAGCAGCAGGUGAAACCUGUUAGCGCCCCCAGGCGACAAGUGCGCUUCUCCUACCCACUCGAGCUGCCUGCAUCCAGGUCACCCAGAGUGAAGGAGGGAUCGCAGAAUUCAGAGGUUUUCCAGACUCCUGAGCCUUUAAGUAGUCAACUCCAGCCGAUGGCAGCCGGUCAGGCUGAACUACCUCAGGCUGCAGGCCAAGUUCCACUGCAGCCCACACCAGUCAACACUCAAUCCACUGCCCAGGCUGCAUCUCCCACACCAGGCGUACCUGCUGCUGCUGUUACUGUUCCCACUCAGACUCCAGCUGCCUCAGGCGAUGCUAAGGCUCCCAUUAGUUUGGUAUUAAGGUUAAGAAAUUCAAAGAAGGAGCUAAAUGACAUCCGCUUUGAAUUUAUGCCAGGGAGAGACACAGCAGAUGGUGUGUCGCAGGAGCUGGUGUCAGCAGGCCUGGUGGACGGGAGGGACUUAGUAAUAGUUGCUGCAAAUUUACAGAAAAUAGUUGAUGAGCCUCAAUCCAAUAAAAAUGUCACUUUCAAGCUGGCUUCUGGAAUUGAGGGAUCCGAAAUACCAGAUGACGUCAAGUUGAUGGGCUUUGCUCAGCUCAGCAUUAGUUAAACUGUUGUUCUACCUGGGACCGUGACUUGCCUAAAAAAUGUGAAAAUUUCAAAAAAAAAAAAAAUAGUUUAAUGCAUUUUUUUUUCUUUCCAUGGCUGUAAAGAAACCACUACUGCCAAAGAAAACAGUACCAUUGUGUCACCAAUAGGAUUAUAAAAUGCCGCCUCGAUAAAUUAGGUGGUCCGCUGAAGUGUCAGAGCGAACAGUAUGAGAAUCACUCGGAAAAAAAAAAGUUUACAGUGUAUAUGUAGAAGGAUGCAAGUAUCAACAACAAGCUGUUUUUCGUUUCUGAUCUCCAUCGUUCUGUUAUUUUUCUCUCUAAUAUGUGAUGCAUUUGCACAAUCUGAACUAACGCCCUUGAAUCCUGAUAAGUGUAACAAUGCCUUAUAUUCAUCAGAACUACUGAAUGCACGUUUUGGGGACGUCCCCCAGCUACCAUAUGGAGCAUUGUGUUGUCUGAAAUGCACAAAUGUGGUUUCAGCUGCUGAUGUCAAACUUUUUACUACAUUUUAAUUGAACUAAAUAUUACAUUUUAGACAUACUAAAUGUAAUUCCAGUGACUUUAUCAGAAGGCUGUGAACACAGUAAUGGUUUAGUUAAAUUCUGUAUUUUUCCUGUUAUCAACAAAACCCAUAAAAGACCAAAAUCAGCAAAGUGUAUCUCUAAAUGUUGAAUUUCUGUACAGUGACUCUGCCCAUUUGUUCCUUACAAAUGGGUAAAAACUGUAAGGUGUCAUUUAAUACAAACAGUGAAAUCCUUUCCUAGAAUGAUUUGUGUAAAGCAUUACUCAAACACACAAUGAUUCACUUCUUGGAGAUAUAUUUUGCAGCAUUUGGUUCUCGGUGAGGUUUUUCAGCAGCAGCAAAGUUCAUGGUUGAGUCAAAUUUCUGUGGCGAUUUUUUUCUGACUGAAGUUUAUCUUUAAUAACGGCUGUCGAACAUUUAAGCUGCAUCCCAGUAACAAAGGAGGUCUGUUGCAGAGGCUAAUGAGCUGCUAUAUAUCAAUCUUACUCAUUAAUAUGAUUGAUUAACUGGGAUACGACAUGGAAUUUGUUGACAAUAAUAUAAAAUACAGGAUAUCAUCAAACUUAUCCUCCUGAUAGAAAUCUCAACUAAUUUUGCUUGAUAAAAAAGCUUAGGAAAACAGUUUUGACAAGCACUGUGGUAGCCUCCAAAAAAUGUAUAAAAAUUAAGUCCAUGUAGACUGAAAUCACUGUCUUCUCUAUCUGAUUAUCAAUUGAGUUGUGAAGUAAAAAGUUCUGCAGCAGCUGAAACCACAUGUUGUAUGAGCAGAUGUCUGUCUGUCGGUAUUAGUUUGUGUCUGUUUGGAAUCGGUUUCACAAAUCCUCAAAAAAAAAGAAAACGAUUUAAGUGCAUAUUUGUUUAUGUGGAUGAAAAAUAAGUACUUGAUUUAACCUCUAGUAUGUAAAUAAUGACAUUUGGCUUUGAUUUGUUUUUAUACUGGGUGUUUCACUCUUGGCCUUUUUUCUGUCUUGUGACACGACUGUGGGUUGAAGGAAGUCGACAGCAGUGCCGCAAAAGUGACUUCCCUGGUUUUGCAGGACGCACUGUCGUUAGCCGUGUGUCACGGAUGAUGCUCAUUUACCUUUACUCAUCAGAUAUCUUCAGCUUUUUACUUUUUGCCUUUUGAAAAGUUUGAAUAUAUUUUACAGUGGAAGCACAGAUGCACCACUUAAUGCCUGGCCACCUUAAAUUUCCCCAAAUUUUGAGCUGAGUAACGGCAAAAUUGCCUCCAACUCUUACUAAAGCGGAGGCUGUUUACAGUAGCUAGUUCUUUUAACCCACACCUGAAGUCAUACAGCUGCUUAAACAUAUGUUUUUCUUUUUAAAUGGCUAAAAUGGAAGAUUUUUUUCCUUCAGCUUUGAAAAGCUCAACCGUGAUUGUAAACAUUUUUGAAUAAGGCUGUUAUCAGCACAGAUGUUACAUCCUUUCAGCCGCACUGUGGAUGUUUUUGUGCGUUAAUGUGCAUUAAUAACAUGGUUUGAUGAUGAAUGCGCACCUCGCAGUUACCGGUGACGUCAGCGGGAGGUUCAUUUACCGCUCAGCUGUAAUGUGUAGAUCUGAAAUGCCAGCAAGGUUUAACUGUUUAAUUUGGUGAUGUGAUACUGUCAUAACCCUCCAGAUGCCAUAUUGAAUGAAACUGAAUGCAUUUUUGCUUGCAGAUAAAAUGUUAAGAUUAAAUAUUUGUAUUUUGACUAUAAACAUGUUAAAUUUUACGCUAGCCUUAAAUUGAAAAUGACCAAGUGUAUUUUUUUCCUCUCUCUUUUUUUUUUUUUUUUUUUGGACAAGGUUUUGAUUUAGACUUCAAGUGUCUUUGAAAAGUAGUUGUGGUUACACGUGAAGAUACUUGGAAUAAAGAUUAUACAGGUGUGUCCAACUCAUGUGCUCCUAUAAGAGGUGCAGCAAACUCAAUGUUACUGUUAAGUUUUCAAACUGCAGUAUUUGGUGCCAUUUUCCUGGGUGUCAUCUGCAGCUGACGGCAGACAAGGACAGGAUCGGUGUGUAUGACCCCUGAGAGAAGUGUGUGUCUGUUUGUGUGUGUGUGUGUGUGUUGUGUAGAUUGAGCCCUUCUUCUAACUGAGUUGAAGAUCUAAUGGCUUAUUUCUCCUCCCUCUUUCUCCAACAGUCUCUAACAAAACUGUAGCAACUGAACAGACAACCUGGAAAAAAAAAAACUAAACAAAAAACACUUUUUGUCCAGGCAAUAACUAAUCAAGGCUGUGAUAUAUUUGAACUUUCUGCCUGUUUUCAGUUGUUUUUUUCAUUCUUUCAUUUGCUCUAUUUUUGAUUGUUUUGGAGUUCGAAGCAUGUUUCUCUGGAUUAUUUUUAAUCAAUAAAGAAUGAGCAUAUCA